UGCUAAUAAAAAGAUAUCUUGCUUUUGUCAUUGUCUUUUUAGCCGCUUACUUUUCAUGGAUGCCCUUUCACCUCUUUUGAGUUUCUAGGUGGUUUUAGCACAUUGUGCAGCUAGCUGGUGUACACUCUAUCACUCAUACCUACUCAUGCAUAUUCAUCUCUUUUAUUCCAUUUUUUCACUAUAAAUACACCCUUCUCUUUCUCCUCCUUUUAUCAUCCCAUUACAUUUCCACUCUCUUCUUACUCUUCGCCUUUGCUCCCUCUUUUCCCACUUUUUCCAAAGAAGCGAAUAUGAGCUAUUCACAUCAUACUAUGGGUUCUGGUAGUAGAACUGCUAGAAGGACAUUUGAGUUUGGGAGGACUUAUGUGGUGAGGCCCAAAGGGAAACACCAGGCCACUAUAGUUUGGUUACAUGGCCUUGGGGAUAAUGGUUCCAGCUGGUCCCAGCUAUUGGAAGGCCUUCCUCUGCCAAAUAUUAAAUGGAUUUGCCCAACUGCUCCUACUCGUCCUGUGGCUAUACUCGGUGGAUUUGCUUGCACUGCAUGGUUUGACGUAGGAGAGCUUUCAGACAACAGUCCUGAUGAUUGGGAGGGUUUAGAUGCUUCAGCAGCACAUGUUGCAAACUUGUUGUCAACAGAGCCAGCUGAUGUUAAAGUCGGUAUUGGAGGCUUCAGUAUGGGUGCUGCAAUGGCCCUUUACUCUGCAACUUGUUGUGCUCUAGGUAGGUAUGGAAAUGGAAUUCCAUACAGUGUCAACUUAAGGGCAGUCGUCGGGCUCAGUGGCUGGCUUCCAGGUUCAAGGAACUUGAGGAACAAAAUAGAAGGUUCAAAUGAGGCUGCAAGACGUGCGGCGUGCUUGCCCAUUAUGCUCAGUCAUGGAACUUGUGAUGAAGUAGUCCCCUUUCAAUAUGGAGAGAAAUCAGCCAACUCCUUAAGUGUAGCAGGAUUUCGACACCUUACGUUCAAAUCUUUUGAAGGGCUUGGUCAUUACACAGUUCCUAAAGAGAUGGACGAGGUCUGCAAUUGGCUUGCUGCAAGGCUGGGACUCGAGGGGUCUCGUGCAUAGUUGUAGCACAACAUCAGUUUCUAGUUAAGCAUAACAUGAGGAAGCAGUCGGAAGCAAUAACAUGGGAGAAAAAUGACAAAGCUUAUGUACAAGUAGUUAGUAAAUAGAAAUGGUUCUCGGGUAUAUGGUAUAGAUAAAUUAAGCUUCCUAAUUUUCCCGUUUUCUUGUUGGUCCUAACAAUAAAAAUUUUGUAUGCAUUUUUCUUAUAUUUCACUUGUAGAGCAUAGAUGAUAAUGAAUUUAGUCAAUUCUACUUUU